AUGGGGCCUAUCGAUGUUCGGCCAGCAACUCUAGAGGACGCCGUUUCCAUUGCUGAAGUUCACUACAAAGCCAUCGAGAAAUAUCAUGUGUUCUAUGCUGGCUUCCUUUGCACUCACCCGAGGGAUAUAAUUCCGAAGUCAACAGAAUCAGCAUUGCGGAAUCAUAAAAAUAUCUUUCUGGUUGCCGUCGACACGACGACCGGCCAAAUUAUGGGAUUUAUUCGUUAUCAAAUAGUACCAAAAGUAGCAGAGCCUAAACAGCCAGAACCUGAACAGCCAUUGGCACAAUUAAACCAGGCCCACCUGAGCCAGUCAGUGGUAUCAUUAUACGCUCCAAAGGAUCACCUAAAAGACUUAUGGAAAAAAUUCAAUGAGCGGGAGGACGAGAUGGAGGCAUGCUAUCAGGGUACAGCUAGGGGAGAAGAACACUUUUAUGUUAAACACAUUAUGGUCGACCCGGUACACCAGCGCAAAGGAAUUGGUGCAAAAUUGCUUUCAACUGUCCUAGAAAGAAGCGAUGCUGAAGGAAGACCUACUUUCUUGGUUGCCUCAGCAGAGGCGCACUAUCUGUAUAGCAAACUGGGGUUUGUUGAUCUCGAGGUGUUUAAAAUUGAUAACGAGGCGUGGAGUAGGGAGGUGCUGGAUUUAGAGCGGAAGCUUGGUAUAGACGUGGAUCAGAGAUUCGAAGACGAGUGCAAAGGCUUGCAUGAAGUGGAAAGCUAUAUGGUUCGACGGACAAGCCGAGAUCAUAGGAAUAAAGGAGCUAGUGCUUGA